CUUCCAUCUGUUGCUGGUAAGCAGGAGUGUGGAAGCUUUUCCAUUUUUUUCCUUCAAAACAGCCUUCCAGAGCACUUCAGUGCCACGAUGCUGCCGAAGGGAAGCUGUGAGCUUCAGGAGAUGUCUCCAGAGAGGGGAACAGCUCCUGGGUGCUGAGGAGUUUGCAGCUCUGUGGGAAGGCAACACCUGAUUUGCUGCCUGAGCACGGAGGACGUGAAAUACUGAAAGAAGUUUGCACCUUGAAGUCACUGAGCACCAGCCACUGAAGACAAAUCCCACACAGGGUUAUCCAUGCCCGUGUCUCCUCCCGAGCUCAGGCCAGGGUGGGAGCACCAUCAUGCCAAACAACAGCCUGGCACUGAGCAGCCUGGAUGGCAUUUACAUUGGCACCGAGUGCUUGGUGGCUUUGUUUGCCACUCUGGGCAACGUCCUGGUGAUCUGGGUGGUGAGGCUGAGCUCCACCUUCCAGAACACCACCCUGUGCUUCAUCGCCUCGCUGGCGCUGGCCGACAUCGCCGUGGGGAUCCUGGUGGUGCCCCUGGCCAUCGUGGUGAGCCUGGGCAUCACCCUGCACUUCUACACCUGCCUCUUCAUGUGCUGCCUCAUGGUGGUUUUCACCAACACCUCAAUCCUCCUUCCCCUGGCCAUCACCAUCGACAGGUACCUGCGAGUGAAGCUGCCGACCAGGUACAAAAGAAUCACUACAGAGAGAAGAGUUUGGUGGGCACUGGGGCUGUGCUGGUCUCUGUCCCUGCUGGUUGCACUCGUCCCCAUGUUUGGCUGGAACAAGUCAGGGGACUCCAACUUCCUCCGGUGCCGCUUCAUGUCCGUGAUGAGCACGGAUCACAUGGUGUAUUUUGGCUUCUUCACGUGGAUCCUUGGCCCCCUGCUCAUCAUGUGUGCCCUGUAUGCUGAAAUCUUCCACAUCAUCAGGACAAAGCUGAGUCAAGGCACGACCAGGGUGAGAGGGGCUGGAGCUUUUUAUGGGCAGGAGUUCACGAUGGCCAAGUCUCUUGCGCUCGUUCUCUUCCUGUUUGCAAUAUCCUGGUUGCCUCUGUGCAUUAUAAACUGCAUUUCCUAUUUUUACCCUGAGACUCAGAUCCCCCAGUUUUGGAUGUACUUGGGAAUCCUGUUAUCCCAUGCCAAUUCUGCCAUGAACCCCAUUGUCUACGCCUGCAAGAUAAAGAAGUUCAAAAGCACGUACCUUUUGAUUUUGAGGACCUAUAUCCUGUGCAAAAAACCAGACCUGGCUCUUACAGAGCAAACAACAGACCCACCGUCAUAAAUUAAGACUGUAUAGACCAGGCAACUGAUAAACCACUUGGCUUUGCUAAGGAACUCAUGGGAAAAUGAAGCAACAUGUAGAUCUGAAGGUUACCCUAAAGCUGUAUGUGAAUAUAUGUCUUUGUAUUAUAUCAGUUCAAAAUACAGAAGGAAGUACUGUCUAGU